UCCAAUACCAGCUUGGCUGCAGGAGGAAUAGGAGCGUGUAGGUCUCCCCGUGUGUUUCUUUCCAUCGCGGCGCAAAGGGAUCCUACAGUUUUGGAAAGCUGGUCGGCUUGAGGAGUGACUACCCGCGGAGAGUCGUAACGGAGCUCUUUCUACCAGUGACUCAAACUCCCUUGGGUAAUAACGAAAGUGGCGCUUAACCUGCUUUAAGCAAUGAUGAUGGUCAUUUGGAAAAAACACAGCAUGAAAUCAUCAUUCUGGUAGAUUGCCUCAGUACAAAUAGACCUCUGAAUGAAGCAACCACUAUACACAGGUGAGGAAUAAGAAGAUGUUUCCUUUGGAUUGUUCCUCCCAAGAUAUAAUGGACAAGACCACCAAGCCAGUGCAGCUCUGAAAUACCUGGAGAGACGGACAAAGGACAAGAAAAUCAUCCAUGAACAGGAGAACUCAAAUUAAUUGGGAACUGAAGAGGGAUAUAAUCAAUUUUCUGUACUGCUGUCUUCAGGAGUCUUUGGCCAAUUCUCAAAGAAGCCUUCAAAAAGCCUAUUAUCCCAGCAGUAUUAUUACCUGCAUUUCCCUCCAGAAAGACAGGGGUUAAUACAAUAGUAAAAAAAUGUCUAUGUGUUCUUGCAUAGGCAUUGUGAAUUGUCCUGGUUGGAUUGGUUCUGAAACAUUUCUAGGGGAUGCCAGAGGAUAUCUCCGAAUCUAGUUUCAACGGAAUAUACUGACCACAUUGUUAAUCUCCCACUCACUGUGAUUGCUUGGUCCUACACAUGACCACUUUUUAUUGACAUUAACAUGGUCAAAGGAAAUGCUGAUCUGAUAGUUCUGGUUCUUUAAAAUAAAUGUUUGUCUUCUUUGAACAUCACAUAGUAGAAAAGCUAAAACUCUCUGCAAUUCUUUGCUGACAUAACAUUCCUGAGAUAACUUGACCCAUAGCAUAAAAUAAGAAAAUAUAUACAUACCCAUAAUUAAAGAUUUCCUUUUAGGUGGGUCUAUAUGUGUUCCUAGCAUGGGGAGAGGAGUGGAGUCAAAGUUAAGACCUAUUAGAACCUGUCAAGGAGCAUUGUGUUGUCAUACAUCAUCCUUAGCUGUUUCUAUUGUAAAUCAGUGUCAAAUGUUCACAUUCUCCUGAAUUCAGCACUACCACUUUCUAAUUUCAUUUUUUAACAUUUUAAAUGUCCCUUCCCAGCCUUUUAACAUCGCAUUGAUGAAUUUUGAAUUGUAAGGACCUCCAAUGUCUUUUAUGGGUUACUAAAUGCAGACUCUAUCAUUUAUGAUAUUUCUAGUGUUUAUUUCGUAUCUAUAGAUUGGUUAAGGAAAAAUAAAAUCUUCAAAAUUGGAAACAUUUUCCAAGUGUUGCCCUAGUCUGUUUAUAUAAUGAACACAAUAAGAACAAAAAAGUCUACACAUUUCUUGAACACUUUGUUUUUUUAAAACAGAAAAAAGACCACAACAUUGAAGAACACCUUUUUUAAAGCAUCACAGGAGUUGGGCAUUGCAGCCAAGAUUAAAAAGCUUAAAAAAACCUGAAAGUGGAUUUUGCCUUUUUCAGAUCCUUUCGGAACCAAUUUUGGAAUAAACAGAGGUGACUUACAGAAUGACAAAGUUUGUUCCUUGUAUAUAAAUACCAGUUGACGUUGUUUGUAAAAAAGUACACAGCUCCUGACUACAUCUGUGAAACCAGUGCAGAGGAACCAUAAUUUAUUUUGAUGAUGUGCAAGUGGGACUGUUAUAUUCUAACUAAAUCCAUCAGUCAAUGAAAGAAGUCCUGAUUUCAGGAAAGGUUUGCAAGUGGCGCUAUUUCUGUUUCCCUGAAAGGAUUUGGAGCUGAACUUUCUAAUUGGUGCGGAAACUGUGAACAGCUGGAGAAUCACAGCUUCAGUUUCUUUGAUUCACAUUCCCAGUCUCCAUGUAGGAUUUGAGAGGGAUGCAUCAUGGCUCCAUCCAGGAGAUUGGGAACUUCCUUUGUGCUGCUGAUUCUGGGAGUCUUGGACCACUGUGGAUCUGUGUUCUCUAUGGGCAAAAGGACUAGUGCACCUCAAGGGAAAGCUGAGGACAUGAGCUUGAUGUCACAUGAGAGGGUAAAAAGAGGAUGGGUGUGGAACCAAUUCUUCGUCGUGGAGGAAUAUACUGGGACUGAACCCCUCUAUGUUGGGAAGAUCCACUCAGAUUCAGAUGAAGGGGAUGGCUCCAUUAAGUACACCAUAUCUGGAGAGGGCGCAGGUACUAUCUUCAUCAUCGAUGAGAUCACUGGUGACAUCCAUGCUACUGAGAGACUGGACCGGGAGGAAAAGACUUUCUACACACUUCGUGCACAGGCCCGCGAUCGUCUCACUGACCGGCCACUUGAACCCGAGUCCGAGUUCAUCAUCAAGGUGCAGGAUAUCAAUGACAGCGAACCCAAGUUUCUGGAGGGACCCUACAUUGGAAGUGUGCCUGAGUUGUCACCCAUCGGGACAUCAGUGAUGAAGGUGACAGCCUCAGAUGCAGAUGACCCCACCUACGGCAGCAGUGCCAGAGUGGUGUACAGUGUCUUGGACGGAGAGAGGUUCUUUACUGUGGACAGCAGGACCGGAGUUAUACGGACAGCUGUGGCUGACCUGGACCGGGAGACACAGGAUCGUUACGAGCUGGUUGUCAAAGCGACAGAUAUGGCAGGCCAAAUGGGUGGUCUUUCCGGCUCAACAACUGUUACAAUAGUGAUCACUGAUGUCAAUGACAACCCUCCUCGGUUUCCACAAAAGAUGUACCAGUUUUCAGUGUCUGAAGGGGCACCAGUAGGUACUCCGGUGGGCCGGGUGAUGGCUGAGGAUGCCGACAUGGGAGAAAACACAGACAUGAGCUACUUCAUUGUAGACGAAGAAGGAGGGGAGCUCUUCCGCGUCACCACUGAUGGAGACACUCAGGAAGCUGUUAUCAUUGUACGCAAGCCCCUAGAUUUUGAGAGUAAGCGCACUCACAAUGUUGUGGUGGAAGCUGUCAACAAGCAUGUGGACCCUCGCUUUGUGGACCUGGGCUCCUUUCGGGACCAGACAAUCGUUCGGGUGAGCGUGACAGACACCGACGAGCCUCCCCUUUUUCGUCCCCCGGAGGGUGUGAUCUUGGCUGUGCAGGAGGACGCAAGACUUGGGGCACUGGUGGGCAUUGUGACGGCUAUGGACCCUGACAUGGAGAAUGCACCUGUUAGGUACUCCAUUGAUCGGGGCACUGACCAAGAGAAAAUCUUUAACAUCGACCCUGUGACAGGAGCCAUUACGUUGGGCAAGAUCUUGGACAGGGAGACAGCAGGCUGGCACAACAUCACUGUGAUGGCUGUGGAAGCAGACAACGCAUCCCAGUCCUCCAAGACAUCUGUUAGCAUCCGAAUUCUGGAUGUGAAUGACAACCCUCCUGAACUGGCCACACCUUAUGAAGCCUCCAUUUGUGAAGAUGCCAAGCCUGGUCAGCUCAUUCACACCAUCAGCGUCGUUGACAGGGACGAACCACAGACAGGACACCGCUUCUACUUCACUCUGGCUCCUGAGGCUGCUAACAAUCGGCACUUCACCCUGUGGGAUGUUAAAGACAACACAGCUGGCAUCAGGACCCAGCGCACUGGCUUCAAUAGGCGAGAGCAGAAUGUCUACUUGCUCCCCAUCCUAGUAGUGGACAGUGGGCCUCCUGCCCUCAGCAGCACGGGCACCUUGACCAUCCGAGUGUGUGGCUGUGACACAGAUGGCACCAUCCAGUCCUGCAACUCCACAGCCUAUGUCAUGUCGGCUGCCCUGAGUCCUGGGGCGCUCAUCGCACUCUUGGUGUGCAUGCUUAUUCUAAUUGUUUUGGUGCUGCUCAUCCUGACGUUGAAGCGCCAUCGCAAGGGCCAGCGAAUGUCAGAGGAUGAGGAGGACAUGCGGGACAAUGUCAUCAAGUACAACGAUGAAGGUGGAGGAGAGCAGGACACGCAGGCCUAUGACAUGAGUGCCCUCCGCAGCCUCUAUGACUUCCCAGAGGUGAAAGGGGCAGACUCGGGGCCUGACCUCCGCUCGCUACCCCAGUGGAUCCAGAGCCACAACAGUGAGGGUGAGGGCCCAGCAGACUUCUCCGUGUUCCGGGGGUACAUCCGCAAGAAGGUGGAGCAGGCCGAUGCUGACCUCUCGGUGCCGCCCUACGACUCCUUCCAGACCUACGCCUUUGAGGGCUCCAGCUCUCCAGCGCUGUCCCUCAGCUCCAUCCAUACCCUCUCCACCACUUCAGAGCAGGACUUCUCAUACCUUGCCAACUGGGGGCCCCGUUUUCGGCAGCUGGCCAGUCUUUAUGCGGCAGGACACCCUGAGGAAGAAGGCUCCUAGCACCCUUGGUUGCCAGUUCUGCCCCCCCAACCUCCCCUUCACCCCAAAACCUGCCAACAGCCCCACACCAUUCUCAAUCCCUAACCCCCUUGGAAGAAAUCUGCAAAUACGUCUGCGUUUUUUCAAAUCCACGUGGUUCUGGAGCAAUCCAAGAAGUGUGACAUCCACAGGCAGGCUUUGUAAGUGGUGGGGAAUAGGCAGCUUAAUACCCUGAGGGAGAACACAGAAAUGGACUCACACCCUCAUAACUGAAAUGAAAAACGUAGUUGAAAAGAAUUACAAGGAAAGUUGACAUGUCAGAAAGCGGCAAAGGGGGAUUUCACUGAUUUUGGAAACCCUGAAGAUUGCCAAACAAUGAAAUGUGCUGCGCCUUUUGUAUCUUUUUUUGUGUUGUUUUUUUAUUUUUGUAAACACAAGUAAUGUGUACUUUUUGUAUUAGAAUAGUUUGGUUUUGUCUGAGUGCUAUGUCUCUAGGAGCUUAUGGAAGCUUAUAACUUAAUAGAAUGAAAUCCAAAGAGAAUAUAACUCUGCAAUUCCAAACUUGUUAUUUAUUUAUCUAUUUAUUUACUUAUUUUCUUACUUAUUUAUUUGAGGUGUUGGUGCCAGUAUACUGCUUUGGACAGCAAGUACCUAAACUUGGGGAAAAGGAGGCAAAUUAUUUUCCGAGGGAGACACCAAGCGCAAAUCCAGUACAUCAGCUCUGCUUUUUUAAAUUUAAAAUCAGCUUAUUCAGAACUAUACUCAAAAAAAGAGUUUUGGUCUACCACCUGAGAAUGGUGUUAGACUUAAAGAGACUUCAAAAAGUCCAUAUAUAUAUGUGUUUUUUUUUCUAUGAACACUUUUGUAAUUUGAAAAAUAAAAGACUACAGCUUUUGAUGGUGGAUGGGGAAAACAAUAUAUAUAUAUACUGUAUAAACCAAUUUCCAGAGAGACUAACUGAGGAAUCUGCGGUUUCAUCAAAGUGCUGACAACCAUGCAUCUCUUCUAUUAUAAUGCUUUCUGAGUCAGAACAAAUAGAAAAGUGAAAUGUGUGGACAUUCUCUUUUUGUUUGUUUCUUUGUCCUUUUUCUUUUCUUUAGCAGGUUUAAGGAGUAUUUGUUAAAUAGCAGCAAUAAUGAGAAAACAUACUUUAAAGAAAAAGAAAUCUAUGAGUAAUGUAAGAUUUUGAUAUUAUUGUUUCUUGAGGUCCUACACAUCUGUUCCUGAGUGAGUUUAGUUCCUACCACACCUGUGAGUGUGACCGUGUCUAAGCUUUGUUUUCUGCCUUGAAUUAUUGGUUUGUUAUUUAUUAUUUUUGUUUUAAUUAGGGGCCUAUAGUUUCUGAAAAUUUGUAUCACCCAUCCCCAGUGCUGGUAAAAAUUUCAAUGUCAACCUUUACUUGCAGAUGUAUGGGUAAUAAAACUAAAAUCAAUAAAUAUUUUAAGGAAAUUA